CCCGAGCUCAUGCUCGCCUUCUACCGGCGACUGUACCCCUUCAAGUCUCUCUUCACCUGGCUCAACCACGAGCAUGCCCCCACCAAGCUCUUCACCCACCGCGAGUUCGCGUUCACGCUCCAGGGCGACGUCUACCUCCGCUACAACUCCUUCGCCACAUCCGACGACCUCAAGAAGCAGGUCUGCGCAUACAACCCCACCCGCUUCGAGAUCGGCCCUGUCUACUCUGCACGCCCCCGGGACAAGAAGACAGUCCGGCCGGCUGCAUUUUCUCCCCAGCUCCGCGAACUCGUCUUUGACAUCGACAUGUCCGACUACGACCCCGUCCGGACCUGCUGCGCCGCCGCCGACAUCUGCCGCCGCUGCUGGCAGUUCAUCGCCGCCGCCGUCCGCGUCCUCGACCGUGCCCUCCGUGAUCAGUUUGGCUACACCCACCUCCUCUGGGUCUAUUCCGGGCGCCGCGGUAUCCAUUUAUGGAUCAGCGAUAGGCAGGCACUCGAGCUCACCGACGAGCAGAGAAGGGCACUCAUCGGGUGGCUGACGGUCAUCCAGGGCGGGAAGGAGAUGCACAAGAAGGUGAAUGUGCGGGUGGGCGGAAAGGCGUUGCCCCCGAGUCUUGGCCAGGCGUACAAGAUGCUCGAGCCCGUGUUCCACGAGCUGAUCCUGGACGACCAGGACCUGUUCGCGUCCGAAGAGCGCUGGGAGGCCCUCCUCCACCUCGUCCCCGACGCUGUCCGAGAGAAGCUCAAAAACGCAUGGGAGCGCGACCCGCACAGGGCGUCGGCGGACAAGUGGCAGAACGUCCUCGACGAGCUCGACGCGUGGAAGCCGCCGGCCCGCCAUGCAGCCUCCCAAACGCAGACACCCGCCGCGAUCAAGGAGGACAUCGUGCUGCAGUACACGUAUCCGCGGCUCGACGCGGAGGUGUCGAAGCAUCGCAACCAUCUGCUCAAGGCGCCGUUCUGCGUGCACCCGAAGACGGGCCGCGUCUGCGUACCCGUCGACCCGCGCACGAUCGACCGGUUCGACCCCGGGCGCGUGCCCACGGUGCACCAGCUCCUGCGCGAGCUCGACGCCGCCGCACCGCCCGCACCGUCUGGCGGUGGCGAGACUGGGGAGGGCGUGGGAGGGGACAAGGUGACGGCGGCGGGGGAGCACCACGCGGACUGGGAGCGGACGUCGCUGAAGCCGUACGUGGAGCUGCUGGACCGGCACGCGCGGGGGCUGAUGGAGGAGACGCGGCGGGCGAAGCAGAAGAUGGACUUGUCGUGGUGAGGGCACCAUCGGCGCGGCUCGACUCGGUUGAGGGAGGCCGGGGCAGGGCUCUGCGUGUAUCAUGCUAUGAUGUGCUUUGUGUAUGUAUCGCUACUCUCGGAUUUG